AUGCCAUUGACUCAGUACUAUCAUGUGCGCGAUCCGAUGGAGAAUUUGCUCAUCAGUGUGACGCUGCGCAAGGUCGACUCCACGCACCUGAUCCCACCAGACCUCGCCCGACGGCCGCGUGAUAAACGAAAUGAAUCCGUAUGGACGCCAAACCAGCAUCGAGCGUGGCUGCGAGCCAACCGCGAGGAUAAAUUUCGAGCGAUGCACAUCGUUGCUCUCAUCGAAGGCAAGGAACGCGUUCUCUGCUCGUUGCGAUUUUACAAGGAAAGCGGGUUAUUCUGUGCCACACCAGGGUUUUCAGCGCCGAUAAUUGAGCCUGAAAACGACCCAGACCUGCUCAUCAAGGGGCCUAAACUCACCACGUACCAUGUAUCUACUCCGUCGGGCUCACUUUACGAGUAUGUUCUUGACAACGCACACGACCUGCUGCCUUUUGCGUCUACUGAAGACCAAUGGCUUUCUCGAGAAAUUCGAUUGCAAGAAGAAAAACGCGACACAGCGGAGGUGACGCGGUGGCAGCAACUUGACAAGCCCAGAUUCACUACCAGCAAUACCAUGCAGCGAAAACUGAUGCUAUCGCUCGAAGUGGUAGCUGCGGAUAAUCCUCAGACGGCGGACCCGGUAACGGUGGAGUAUGAGCUCGAGUUGCCUGACCGCGCAGGGUGCUCAAAGUGGAAACUGCUGUCAGGAAAUCAGAGUCAAACGCGAGGGAAGACGUCAUUGUCGCUACCCCAGCGAUCACAAUAUCCCGACUGCGUUUCUUCCGCAGCGUUUGGAAGUCACCAGCACUUCAGCCUAAAACUAGUCAAAGCGGAACAUUCGCUUGAGGCCGGCAACGAUCACGACUUUGGUGGUAUUGUAGCCGCCCCAGUCCUUCACCUAAGCGUAUUUUCGAGGGAUUCGUGGAGGAGGAAGCGCACGGAAGGCCAUGGAGAGAUUAAGCUGCCAGCGUCAUCCGGCCUUCACGAUUUUGAUGUGCCUAUCCGAAAGCCAAUCGUCUCAAUUCAAGAGCGGAUGGAGGAGCUCUUUCUGGGAAUCGAUGAAAGUGAUAUUGACCAAGGCUGGCCCGGGGAGCGAACUCGCGACCGAGAAGUCGGCGCUGAUGAUUCACCAAUCUCCACGAUGAUCACCAGCCGACUGGGGCAGAAAUCUGAAGCCACUGGCACGACGGUGAGGAUUCGCUGCAACAUUGUUGACAUACGACCAGCAACUCGUGCCGGAGGGAACAACUCCGCAAGUUUAACGCCAGCGGUCAUCGCUACGCCUUUGGCCAACACUCGUGUUGUAAAGCGAAGCGUGCAGGAAAUUCUGCAAUCCGUAAAACUCGAGAAGCGCAUAGCCAGCAUAACAGACCCUCGUAUUCAAGUAGCACUGCGCUCAUUGCAAUCGAGUCAAAGCGCGUUGGUAUAG